AGUCGCCACGUGAGCUCACCAGCGGCUGCGGCAACACACACGUCCGGCAGCAUGUCAGCGACAGCGGCGGCUCGAAAGCGGGGAAAGCCGGCCUCGGGGGCGGGGGCCGGGGCCGGUGCGGGGGCCGGCAAGCGGCGGCGGAAGGCCGACUCUGCUGGGGACAGGGGCAAGUCCAAGGGUGGCGGCAAGAUGAAUGAGGAGAUCUCUAGCGACUCAGAGAGUGAGAGCCUAGCUCCCAGGAGGACUGAGGAGGAGGAGGAGGAGGAGCUGGAGGAGACUGCCCAGGAAAAGAAGCUGCGUUUGGCCAAGCUCUACCUUGAGCAGCUCAAGCAGCAAGAGGAGGAGAAGGCUGAGGCCCGCGAAUUUGAGGAGGACCAGGUGGCGGGACGCCUGAAGGAGGAUGUGCUCGAGCAGAGGGGCAGGCUGCAGAAGUCGGUGGCAAAGGAGAUCCAGGCACCAGCGCCAACCGACAUUCGAAUGUUACGGGGCCACCAGCUCUCCAUCACGUGUUUGGUUAUCACCCCAGAUGACUCGGCCAUCUUUUCCGCUGCCAAAGACUGCACCAUUAUCAAAUGGAGCGUGGAGAGUGGACGGAAGCUUCAUGUGAUCCCACGAGCCAAGAAGGGUGCUGAGGGGCAGCCCCCUGGCCACAGCAGCCACAUCCUUUGCAUGGCCAUCUCCUCUGACGGCAAGUACCUUGCCUCAGGCGACCGCAGCAAACUCAUUCUCAUUUGGGAGGCCCAGAGCUGCCGGCACCUGUACACCUUCACGGGACACCGGGAUGCUGUGUCGGGACUGGCGUUCCGCAGAGGCACGUACCAGCUCUAUAGCACGUCCCAUGACCGCUCUGUGAAGGUGUGGAACGUGGCGGAGAACUCCUACGUGGAGACACUUUUCGGACACCAGGAUGCCGUGGCUGCAUUGGAUGCCUUGAGCAGAGAGUGCUGUGUGACAGCUGGGGGCCGGGAUGGGACUGUGCGUGUAUGGAAGAUCCCUGAGGAGUCCCAGCUUGUCUUCUAUGGCCAUCAGGGCUCCAUCGACAGCAUCCAGCUCAUCAAUGAGGAGCACAUGGUGUCGGGCGCAGAUGAUGGCUCCGUGGCUUUGUGGGGACUCUCCAAGAAGCGGCCACUUGCCCUGCAACGUGAGGCCCAUGGGCUGCGGGGGGAGCCGGGCUUGGAGCAGCCCUUCUGGGUGUCAUCGGUGGCAGCCCUGCUCAACACAGACCUCGUGGCCACAGGCUCCCACAGCUCCUCCGUGCGGCUCUGGCAGUGUGGGGAGGGCUUCCGGCGGCUUGACCUUCUCUGCGACAUCCCCCUGGUGGGCUUUAUCAAUAGCCUCAAGUUCUCCAGCACUGGGGACUUCCUGGUGGCUGGGGUGGGGCAGGAGCACAGGCUUGGCCGAUGGUGGCGGAUCAAAGAGGCUCGAAACUCUGUCUGCAUCGUCCCACUCCGCAGGGCCCCCAGACCCCCAGCUGCUGGCUCCUGACAAUCUCAUCCCCUUUAUUUAAGUCCUUCCUAGACUAUACCCACCCUCUUUGUAUUAAAAGCCUCCUCUUUUGG